AUGUCAUCAUCAUCCAUUCCUGAGUGCGAUUUAUGCUCAGAGCCAAUCAAAAUCCGCGUAUUACAGCCAUGCAACCAUAAUAACAUAUGUCUACAGUGCUUUAUUAGGUUUAAUCGCAACUACGGGGAAAAUCAUUGUUAUUUUUGCCAAAAUCCAAUAGAGAAAACAAAAGAGCCCAUAGCAUCUACAAACAUUACCCUUAGUUAUGAGGCUGCACGCGCUUUAAAUCCUAAAUUUCACAACCAAUUUAAUAUUUUUUAUACUGAUGAUUCAAUUUUAGAAGCAUUGAAAUCAUUAUUCGAAUUCCAAUGCCCAGAAUGUCAGUUGAAACUACCAACAAUUGAGCUAUUUUCUUCUCACAUGAAAAGUCAUAAAAUGAAUGUUUGUUCUAUAUGUUUUAACAGCGGAAGAUAUCCACCAGAAGCAUGCCCAAUCUUCCGCAAAGCAGACUUCUACGAGCAUUUGAGGCAACACCCGAGAUGUAUCUGUUGCAAUCAAAUUUUCUUUGAUACAAUGACUCUUUCUACACAUAUGAAUCAAGAUCAUAUUAGGUGCAAGAUAUGUGCUGAUUUAAACAAAGUUUUGUGGUUUAAAGACGCAAAUGAACUUGGUGAUCAUAAUAAGAAGGAAAAUUUUGUUUGUACUCAUGGUGAUUGCUCAGCGAACAAUCUUAUAGCGUUUAGCACAAGAGGAGAGCUUCUUAUUCAUCUCCAAAAGGUUCAUGGAGAAAGAAACAGAGAAAUCGAUAUUACAAGAGAUUUCGAAGGUGGAAAAGUUGUAGAAUCUCCUAAUGAAGCAAGAGACAGAGCUAUACAGCUAAAUAAGAAACUUAUGACAAGAUUAAACGAUUGUUUCAAAAAUGACCCACAAUCAAUCCAAAAACUCCGAGUUUACGCAAAGAAAUUAAUAGAUGAUGCAAUAAACUGUGAGGAAUUCUACAAAAACUUUUCCCAAAUCUGCGGAGACAAAAAGGGUUUAAUUUUCUGCGAUAUGAUUGUUUCUCUACCAGAUGCAAGGAAGCGAUCUGAAUUAUUUAGGAUUCAUAGUAGAUAUACUUCACCAGAACCUUCGAAACCUCCUCAAAAACCGAAAUCAAUUAUUUCAUUAGACCAAAAACAAAAUAAAUCCCCAAUUAUACCAAGAAGUCCUCCACAACAACAUCCAACUGCAGUUCCUCAACAAGUUGUCCCACCAAAAGCUCAAAAUUCUGAAAAUCAACAAUCUCAAGGUGGAGGAAAGAAGAAAAAGCCAAAGAGAAUUGUAAUUUCUAUGUUUUAA